AUGAAAGUUGUAGAAAGAGAAUAUGAGUCAUUCAAUGUCGAUCAAAUCAAUAAUUUUGAUUCAUCUAGUCUCGCUAUAACUACAUAUAAUCCAAAUACUUCUCUUAAUAUCAUUCAGCAACAAAGAACUGAAGAUGUUAUUGAGAAUUCUAAUCUAUUAAAUGUUCUAUCACGUGUAACCAUUGCACUUGCAAAAUAUCCAAAUGAUACUACACUUUAUAAUUAUGGUGAUCUACAAAUGUGGAUGUACACACAUACAAAUAAACAUGCACCUGUUGAUAUAUGCGAAUUUUUAACUCGAAUAUUUCUUAUACGUUCAGAUCAUUAUGAUCAACAAAUAUUAUUUAAUUUACGUUUAAUUUGUGCUGAAGCUUAUCAAACAAUAGGUUCUAUUAAUCAAGCACAAUGUCAAUAUGAUCAAGCGGAAAUGCUAGCAAGCAAUUUAAAUAAUAUAACAGAAAUAAUAACUCUUCAUGAUAAAAUGAUAAAAGAUCGACAACAAAAAAAAUUAGAAGAUAUAGGAAUGAAACUUGAAUUUCAAGCGGAAUUUAAAUGUAAUCUUAUAAAAGGUCGAAAACGUUCAAGACUUAAUUCAACGUAUGAUGAUUUUCUUAGUCAAUUAAAUAUGGAUAAUCCAAGUCCAGAAAAAUGUCGUUAUAUAUGGCGACAGAUUGUACUUCAAUUUGUUCUUCAGCCAAAUAUAGCUAUACCUAGUGCUCAUUGGUUACUUUCAUAUGCUGCUCGUCUUCCAUCUAAUAGUCUUCAACAUGCAAAUAGUCUUUAUGUUGCUCUCAAUCUUUUUCUUUUUGGUUAUGGAUCAACAAUUUUUCAGCAACAACAACAUUUAAAUAUUGAUGUAUUCAAAAUGUUAGAUGAUAUUGGACGUUAUUUUGAUGAAAAUGGUAAUCAAUCAAAACAAUUUUCACCUAUACAUAAAAUGGCACAUGUUUGGGGUACAGCAGCAGUUGCAUUUCAUUUAACAUCUGAUAUAUAUCAAUAUUUAGUAUGUGCAUGUAUGAUGAGAGUUAGUUUUGAAUCAUUAAAUAUUUGUUUUAUGUCAUCCGGCAUUGAAUCAUUAUAUAUACUUGCACGUACACAUGCUCCAGAAUUCUUUACGAUGAUGAGUAAUAUUCCUAGUAUAAAAUUAAUGUCACCUGAAUGUAUAAAAUAUAUUCGACGACAAGUGGAAAAUAAUCAGACUUGUAUUCGAUAUUCAACUGAAACAGUGAAUCGAUUUGUUUUAGACAUAUUUAAUAUUGAUCAAAGUGAACAUCGAAUUUAA